AGGAAAUAACGUAAACAAACCGGAAUUGACCAGAGAGGGCGGGACGAUUUUGAAUUCGUAUUUGAUUGUUGACGAAGCCCCUAUCAAACGUGACCCAAAGGUAGGAACUGAUGAAGUAUUUUUUAUGGAAGAUGCUGUAUUUUUAGGUUUUAUAUAUGAUGAAGAAGCUAGAAUCAAGCAAAUUUACCGUGCUUGACUAUUGUCCUGCUUCAUUUUUGCCGCUGACCCGUUUACUUUAUAUGGAGAAACGUAACGAUCUCCAUUCAAGAUAUGAUUGAAUUAUGUCUCUGUUAUAAUGUAUACGAUUAUAAAAUACUUAGUUAAAUAUUUACUUAAAUAGUCGUUUGAUUAAUGUAGAGAUGAGCCGGUGUAUCGUUGAAAAAGUGUCCCUGUUGACUGGAGACUGUCAGCCGCAUGCGAUGUGGAUGGAUGUCGUAUAUGCAUCAGCUGUUAAUACAGGGAAAUAAUCCUCACGGAUGCUUCAUGGUUUCUUAUUCAAAUAUGUCAAAACAGACUUCACAAACAUGCCCGAAAAACUAGAGGCAGAGCUUUCAUUAGUAACUACGACAACCAAGGAUCCGUUUUGCUGGAGGUCACCAUUUAACACGGUCACUGCUUCAUCCAAAACACCGGGUAGUCUUUAUGCACUUAACAGUGUAAUCAGGGUAAUCUGUUUCUAUGCAGGUGUCUGGGUUACUCCUGGCAUUAAAUAUAGUAGCUACAUUUGCAAUGUCUUCAAAAAUACCAAGAGGUGAGCAAACUGAUUAUUUUAUCCACUUUUUUGGAGCUUCAAUUUGUUGCUGUAGGCUGAUGCCAAAUUAUAAUUCCUGACUGUUUUGUAGGGGUGCAGCUGCCUGCAGAGACGAAGAAAACAGGCCACAAAGUUGAAACCAAAGAUGCAGAAGUAGUAAAUGCUACUCAAAAAUCCGAUGGUAUCCUUAAACCUCAGAAAGAAAACUUGCAAAGGUAAUAAAAUGCUCUUUAUUAUUAUUGAGAGAAAAAAAGGCUCCUGUGACAAAUUAGAGGGGUUUAAUAAGCUUAUGAGGAGAUGUGCUUCAUUUAGAAAGAAACUUUUGUCUUUUUUCUGCAGCCUUUAAUGUUAUAUGACAAGCUCGUCACACCUGCCAACUCCUGUAUUUUAUUCAGGAAUACAAUUCAAUUUUUCUCUCACCUUUCAGGAAAAAUAAUGUCCCAAAAACUCACAAAGGGUAAGUCACGUGUUAUUUUAAUGGUAAUCAAGUGUAUUUAUACAGUGCUUGUCAAAAGCAGCUGUACAUAGUGUUUACAUACACAUCACAAUCCCAAAAUAAAGCACACAUCUAUGUAAGAAUAAAACAGAAACAACCAAAAACAACAGUUCUAUAUAUCAUCUUCAAUAAAAAUUUAAAACUAAUAAAAGCCUAUUCGCAUGUAUUAAAAAGUGAUCACCAUUAUGUUUUGCAGACAGCCUUUUUUUGUCCUUUUAAAGUUCAUUUUGCACCGUUCCAGGAUCUCCACCAGGUAUGGGCAACAAGCAGAGCUCAAGGAGCAAAACCAGUAUCUGAUUGCUACCAAUGAGGAGCUGCAGAAAACCCUUGCAGAGACACAGGUACAGCAGACAGGAUGGUAACAAAGCAAAAUUUCCAAGUCAUCAGAACCAGUGCUACUUUACUUAAAUCUGUGUUCAAUUACAGCAUAGGGUCGCUGAAUUACAGCUACAAUUUAGUGGUCUUGAAAAGGAAAAUGCAGAGGUGCAGAAAAACCUGAAGGACUGUCAUGUGCUCCUGGUCGCUGCAAAAAUAGAUCCGAGUGAGUCUACAUCUGACAUUCUCAAAAUGUUUCUUUUUAUGUUGCUGCCUGAUGAAAAAUCAAAAUCUUUGUUAUAGUUUUGGGAGAGCUGGUUGGAGAAACUGCAGGACAAAAUGAAGAUCAAAGAAAAGAAGUCAAGGUACCUAAAUUUACUUGACACUGUAUUUAAAGGAAGAUAUAUCAUGUGUGCGAUUCAAACUUUAAAUCAGAGAGCAAUUGAAUUAAAGUGUCAAAAAAUUACUAACAUGCACUUUGAAAGUUAUAAAAAUAAAAGUCCAACAUAAACUUGUAUCUUAUUUUGAAAACAAGAUACUGUAUCUAUGCAGUAAACACAAGUUUAACUGUUUCUCAGAGUGUCUCUGCUGAUCUGCUGCAUGAAUUAAAAGCUUUUGGAGACAUUGCAUCCCAGCAGCGAGCACGGCUAGAGGUGAGUCCAACUAGUUGAUACUUUUUUUCCUUAUUUUUGUAACUUUUUAUUCAUUGCAGUGGCUACAAGCAGUUGUUGCGGAAUAUAUAACAUGUUUUCUAUUUCAAACACUUUCAGGAAAUCCAAACAACAGUGACAGAGCUCACUAAAGCACAGGAACACAUGAUGGAGGAGAGGGGGACUUUUUCCCUGGAGGCUGCUGAGAUGGAGAAAGCUCUCAUGGAAACUGAAGCUUUGUUAUUGUGAAUGUAUGUAGUUUCUCAAUUAACAAUGAUUUUAAUAAUUGUUUAUAUGAUUUCACUGUGUGUUUAAAUAUCAGUGUGACUGAAAUAGAAUAAAAGUUUUUUAUUUCUUCA